UUGUUCAAUGCAGUGUGGCGGCUCGAAGUAGUGCCUGGUUGCUGGAAGGACUCCAAUACUAUACUACUACACAAGAAAGGACCGGAGAGUGACAUAUCCAAUUGGCGACCUAUUGCGAUGGGAGAUACGUGCCCGAAACUCUUUGCCGCUAUAGUUGCGGACAGAGUCAAGACCUGGGCAAUCGCCAACAGAAGAUACAGCACAUCACAAAAGGGAUUUCUUCCAUACGAGGGAUGCUAUGAACACAACUUUGUUCUUCAGGAGACCAUCCAACAAGCCAGGCGCGAUAAAGGAGAGGUGGUUGUCGCCUGGCUGGACUUAGCCAGUGCAUUUGACUCCGUACCGCACUCGUCUAUCCAUAGGGCUCUUGAACAUCACGGAAUGCCAGUAAAAGUAAGGAAACUAAUCGAUUCGCUCUACAAAAACACGAUUACUAAAGUUCGUACCUCGGAGGGAUUCACUGAUCCAAUCAAGCUACAGUCCGGAGUGAAACAGGGUUGCCCGCUUAGUCCGCAUAUAUUUAAUCUCACCCUGGAGGUGGUUAUCCGCGCCAUGGAGUCGACAGGUGAGGGUAUUAAAAUAAGAAAUAAGCGUGUUACAACUCUGGCCUAUGCCGAUGACAUCGCAAUCCUUGCGGACUCCCCAGAAGGAAUGAGACGUCUCCUCAAUGCAGCUGAGGAGGGCGCUCAGUCGGUUGGUCUCGUCUUUAAUCCCGCCAAAUGCGCGACACUGCAUAUGAAGUGUGAUUGUGAGAGCGCAGUACAAGACACAGUUUUCAACAUCCAGGGAGAUCCUAUGAAAUCAAUGGGCCCGAACGAUUGCUAUGAACAUCUCGGAAUACCAACGGGCUUUGACAUAAGACAGACUCCAACGAGCGCAUUGAAAAGACUAAUCGCGGAUGUCAAGAAAAUUGACCAAUCUCUCCUGGCACCAUGGCAGAAAUUGGACGCAGUCGGCACCUUUAUCCUGCCUCGUUUGUAUUUCAUCAUGCAAGGGGCUGACGUUGAAAAGGAGUACAUGAGGGAAAUAGAUAGGAACGUUAAAAAUUUUGCCAAAAGAUGGUUAAAUCUUCCUCAGAGAGCCAGCUCAGAAUUAGUUUUUCUGCCACCUUCUAUGGGAGGUGGAGGUUUAAUGCCAUUAAGCGACCUGCUCGACUUAUACACCGUAACGCAUGCUUUUAAAAUAUUAUGUGCUACGGAUGAUCUAGUGAGUGUACUAGCGAGGGAGGGAUUGUUGGAAACUGUGUCGGAGAGACUUCGAAAAGUGCCUAGUAACAUCGAUAUGGCUCGUUAUCUCUCUGGUGAUUUGGACCUGCCCCGAUCCUCGUCGCGUUCAUCGUUUUGGACCAAAGCGCGAAGUGCGGCACGAAGAAUUCAAAAUAAAUUUAGUAUCAGAUGGAUAUGGCACCGUGAGGAAGAGGAAUUUCUAAUUCAGUGCGGGAAUGGCGCUGCAGGAAGGAUUACGCCGUCAUUAAGACACAAUUUAUUUAAAAAAAUGCGUUCACAGCUGGUUCAAUACUAUGCCAGUAAGCUCCAGGCCAAAAAGGACCAGGGAAAGGUGUUUGAGGUGACUCGCAAAACUGGUUUCUCAAACCAUUUUCUCAGAAGUGGAAGGAAUACUCGCUUCUGUGACUGGAGAUUUGUUCACCGUGCGCGGCUUGGUGUCUUGCCACUGAAUGCCACAAAAAGAUGGCAAGUAGAUAUCGACAAAAGAUGUAGGAGAUGUGGUCGAGAGCAGGAGACCAUCCCGCAUGUAUUGAACCAUUGUGGGGUACACUCUGCAGCGCGACAGCUAAGGCACAAUAAUAUUCAAAGCAGACUCGUUAAAGCACUGAGAUGCCCGGGACUAGUCAGUACUAACCAAACUGUUGAGGGAACACAUGGAACAGCAGCGUUACUGAGACCUGAUAUUGUGGUUAGAGAUGAGAUUAAUAAAGAAAUUAAAAUUGUAGAUGUGACUGUUCCGUUCGAAAACAGAUCGGCUGCGUUCAGGGCAGCAAGAAUGGAAAAGAUCACAAAGUAUAGUUGCUUAGCAGAACAACUUAGGGCACGAGGAUAUCGGGUAAGAGUCAACGCGUUUGUAGUGGGUUCAUUGGGUGGAUGGGAUGAAAACAACCAAAGAGUUUUGGAUUUCUUUAACAUUGGUCGCUUUUACGCUGGCAUGAUGAGAAGGUUCAUGAUAAGUGAUACAAUUAGAUGGUCUCGGGACAUAUAUGUGGAGCACGAGAAAAAUAAUAACAUAAUUCACGUACAAGCACUGGUACUGCGCACGUCGGGAUUAAAUUCCAAACAUCCAGCCAUUAUAAAACUGUGGAUAGAUGUAUCUCAAGAAUAUGGAAAUAGAUUAGUUGGUGAUAAUGAACAAGAAGUCACAAAGGUCUGCGAUUGCCCUGCUGGAGCUUCAGAGAAAUGUAAACACAUAUUAGCUGUCAUGCUUUAUCUCUCAAGAACUGAGGAGGCAGAUCUGGAGGACCUGAGUUGUACCGACAUUGAGAAACAAUGGGGUACACUUAAAACUACAGCAUUGAAGGAAUACGAAGCAAAAUCAUUGUCUGAAAUGUGCCAUGUGAAAGGACAGAGGGACAUCUAUGUGAAAACAAUGCCAGAAGUCACUGAAGAGAUGGAAAGUCGUUGGAGAAUGAAGUUAAUGCAGAGCACACCAAACAGUGAAUAUUCUUUAUUUACAAGUCUCAUGCGAAGAGGUGAUGGAGUUGUUGAUUAUGGAAAACUGACUGAAGAAAAGUUGAAGACAUGUGAAGUAAAUGAAUUUGAAUUUUACAACAGAUAUGUAGCUGUAUCAUUAGACCAAAGUACAGAAAUAAUCAAUGCUGAGCAGGGUACUCCUUCUUGGCAUAAAGCUAGAAAAGUAAGACUAACAGCCUCCAAAGCGAGAGCCCAGUUUACUUAUUAUUCUAAUAAAAAUGCUGAUUGGGAUAAAAGAUAUCAAGAGGUUUUUCACAGUAAUUUCCUUGAGAAUGAAGAUACUAUCAGAGGCCUUCGCUGUGAAGCAGUCGCAAGAGAUUUAUAUGCAGAGCAUUAUAGCUGCAUGAUUUUAGAGUCUGGAUUGCUGGUUCGACCAGAAUUACCAUGGCUUUCUGCAAGUCUAGACGGUACUGCCAUGGAUAAAGAUGGAAAUUUUCUUAGAAAUAUUGAGAUUAAGACAUUAAAGGAAGGAACUCGUUUAACUGCAGAUGAACUUAUAGAAAUGAAUGCAAUUCCUAUAUUGGAUCAAAAUCAAAAUUUGAAAAAAAAAAAUACUCAGCAUUAUACUCAAAUGCAAGUAGGUAUGUUAUUGUCAGGUAUUACAGAAUGUUAUUAUUUAGUUUACUCUGAAAUAGGAAAGGAUUUAGCUGUAAGAAGAGUUUCAUUUGAUGAAAAUCAUAGUUUUGGAAAUUUGUGUAUGUCUUGUUAA